AUGGCUACAGCUACGGCUCAAAUAUCAUCGCCUUCUGUUGUGAAUGAUUUAGACUCGCAAAAUUUUCAUCUAAAGUGUUCUCUGUAUGAAACAAAACGUAAAUCAAUGGCAACAGACCAUGAUGAUCUAAAACAAAUGGAGAAUCAAACAACAUUACGAACACCAUCGAUAACACAAAAACUUGGACGUUCAAAAUAUAUGACACAAACGUCUGUUCCAUCAACUCGCGUACCACCAACCACACUUCAUAGUCGAAAUUCUAUCUCUGGUGAUCUAUUUCAAUUAAUACGGUCAGCGUUAAAGCCCUUUAAAUCGGCAGCGACUAUAACACCAACAAACGAUGUUGUUACAACAUCAAAACAAACCUCAAAAGUGAAUUUAGUUCGAUAUCGACCAUUAAGUGAUAAUAUUACUGAUCCUAUCCAACAAAGUACCCGUGUAGGGUGUUGGUGGUUGCCAUGGCAAUCAUUAGCUGUACGAAAACUUAAAAAAGCAUCAGAGGAUUUCAUAAAAUGCAUGGGAUGGUCGCUUAAUCCACACGACAAAGAAAAUCUUUUAAAGUGGAAUAUUGCUAUGAAAUAUUUGUUACCAAUGACAUUCGACGUUACAAAAGCUGUCCAAUUCUACAAAUUACAUGAGAUUUUACGUCAGAAAGAGAAUCUUGAUCGAAUAGCUCUAAAUAAUCCAAAUUUAAUACGAGAAAUAGAAUCGGGAAAGUAUUUUACAUUGCCGAUGAAAUCCAGUCAGCCUAUAUUUGCAAUAUUUACUGCUUCUGUACAUCAAAUAUCAACAACAAUGACUUUGCAGGAACGUGAACAUUUAACAAUGCAAGCAUUAAUUACUCAGUUAGAUGCGACUGCUGAAAGUAUGAAUGUACAAAAAAACGGAUUACAAUUUAUUUAUGAUAUGCAAAAUUACACAACGUCCAAUACUGAUCAUAGUUUAACCAAAAAAGUCUUAAAACUAUUACAGGGUGUUUAUCCUAUUAUGUUAAAACAUGUAUAUAUUGUUGGUGCUCCAGUAUCGUUCAAAGUUCCUUUCGAGAACGUGACAUUAUAUACUCGUGAUGAAAUGUUAUCAUUUUUGUCCACCCAAUCUUACACAAUGGCUGAAAUUCCCGCUAAUUUCGGUGGUUUAUACGAUCCUAAGGUAGAGGAUGGUGAACGUCAUCGAAUGUGUCAGAAAGUUUUACUGAAUCCACAAUCAACGUGUCACAAGUAUUAUUCCGCUGACAAUUUCCAGCCUAUGAAAUCAACGAUUUUGUAUGUAAAUAAUGACGCAGAUAAUAUAAAUACAAUAAAACAAAAUAGUACUUCGAAUAUAACAGCAUCAAAUUCAUCACCAAAUUCGUCGUCGUUAGUUGCUAUUGUCACAUUAAGAAGAAAUCAACCGCAACAAGCUCAAACACAGGUGUCAAAAGCACGAAAACGAGAAUCAUCAGCAUCAUCGUGUGAUUCCGAAAAACGUCGACGUUCCAAUGAUAACCAAAUAGAAAAGGAAGAACAAACCGCUCAAUUAAUACAAACAUACAGGUAG